GCAAAAAAUUGCAAAUCACAAAAACUCAAAGUUCAUACCACAUGCUUUGUAGUGGUACGUACCUCAAUUAUGGAAACACAAAGACAUGAGUGCUUCUAUUUCCUCUGCUCUCACCACAACGCCUUCACCGGUGGCGCCGGUCGCCACCGUUGGCCGCCGCAGUAAAAGCCUUUUCACCUCCAACCCUUUUACCACCCCAUAUCAUCGUCGCUGCCGCCGCCGCCGUCAUCACCCUUUUUUACUACGAGUUAAAAAUGAAUCAAAGAGGACUGAAUUGUCUCCUGAACGUACAAUGCAAAAAUCUGAAGCUGAUAAAAUUGUUGAUGGAAUGGAUUUUGGUGAGCUUUGCAAUGAGUUUGAAUGCAUUAGCAGUCCCUUAGUAGAAUCCACAGCAAGACAACUUGUUCGCGACAUCCUUGAGCUUCGCGAGGGCAAUCGCUCCCUCGGAACCUAUGCAGUUUCUGUGAAGUACAAGGAUCCUGUCAGAAGUUUUAGUGGCAGGGAGAAAUACAAAAGACCCUUGUGGAUAACGAGUGCUCUGGAGAAUCCUUCUGUGACUGUGCAGGAAAUGGUAAUGUUAUCGACUAGUGUCUUGAGUAUCAAGUGGACGACAAGGGGGAAACCGAAAUCUUUUAUCGCGAAUGUGGGAGGAGAUUUGAUAGUAAAAAUCAACUCCAAGUUCACUUUAAACCAGAUCAGUGGGCAGGUGAUUGAGCAUGAAGAAAUCUGGGAUUUGUCAGCUUCAUCCCCUCUCGCUCAAUCAUUUUUUUGGGCGUCGCGGCGUUUAUACGCCACUACUGAGGCCGGAAAAGAUCUUGCCGAUCUUAUCAAGAACUUGAAAAGCCGAAUUUCAACAGCACAAGAGAACUUGGAGAUUUAUCCUGACCCUUCUGGUGAUCCUACAAAGUUCUUCCAAACAGAUGACAACUUCCAGGGAGAUUUGUACCAGAUUGCUCUGUUUUUGGCAAUCCUCUAUUUUGUUGUACAGUUCCUGAGGACAACUUUGUGAAACCUGCCUGCUUCUUGGCUAUGUAAUUGCAGUUAUAAUUGUAAUUAUCAUAUAUUACAUAUUAGUUAAUAAUUGUAAGAUUUUGAGUAUAUCUUUAUAACCACAUCAAUUUU